AUUGUGAAUUAUUGUGAAUGAGCGCUGCUGCUGCUGCUGCUGAAGGCCAUUGCUUGGCCUUUCGCAAUGUCUCGUACUCUGUCCAGGUCAAGCACUCCCGAAGCCCGUUCGCGCCGGUCGUCCACAAGGACAUCCUGAUGCACUCGCAUGGCCUUGUUGAAGCAGGCCAGACCAUGGCCAUCCUCGGCAGCUCAGGCUCUGGAAAAACUUCCUUGUUGGACGUACUGGCAUGCCGAAAUAUUGGCGGCACGGUGACGGGCGAUAUCUACCUCAACGGCGCUCGAGUCACCUCAGAGCUCAUUCAGGACGUGGCUGGAUAUGUCAUGCAGGACGAUCGGUUGUUGCCAAACUUGACCGUCACUGAGACGCUGUUCUAUAUUGCAGCCCUCAAGCUGCCAAGCUCGAUGACCGAUGCGGACAAGAUGGAACGAGUCAACAGCGUUAUCGCCGAGCUUGGUCUGCGACAUGUGGCUGGAAAUCGCGUCGGUGGUAACACUCGAGGACUGUCGGGAGGAGAGCGGCGUCGAGUCUCGAUCGGCGUGCAAAUGAUCUUGGAUCCGAGUGUACUCUUUCUGGACGAACCGACGAGUGGUCUUGAUGCAUUUACUGCUACUGCAAUUGUCAAGACCCUGUCGCAGUUGGCUCGGCGCAACCGCACCGUCAUCUUCACGAUUCACCAGCCACGCUCGGACAUUUGCCAGCUUUUUGACCAGGUGAUGCUCAUGUCCAAGGGCUACACGGUCUACACUGGUAGUGCGCAGAACAUGCUGCCGUACUUUUCAACGCUUGGCUUUGAAUGUCCCGAGUACUCGAAUCCUCUCGAUUACUUUUUGGAUACAAUCACCGUUGACGAUCGUUCGCAACAGACGUUCGAUAUUUCCUUUGCAAUCUUGCAGUCGCUGGUGGGCUGUUACGAGCGCUCUGCUACCUACACAGAGUUGCAAACCAAACUAGGUCAAGUAGCCCAGAUUGCUGAAGCUGCGACGCAGCGCCAAGUGUUGAAUCGAGCAUCCGAGAGCUGCCUUCCACAGCUCAACGUCAAUUCGACGCCUGCCUCGAGCGAGGCCACCCCGUUGCUGGGAGCGCAAAAGGCCGCCGUGGAGCAGCCUGCCCAGCAACACCGCGGCGUCAGUGGCAAGCGCGCGUCUUACCUGUCCAUUGUCAAGACGCUCACUGGCCGCGCGACAGUCAACCUCCGCCGCGACGCCGACGGCCUCAAUGCUCGUCUGACCCAGCAGCUCUUGUUUGGUGUUCUCAUCUUCAUUUUCGUCUUUCGUCUCAAAACGGACCAGCCCAGCGUACAAAACCGCACUGGAUUCUUGUACGAGGCCAUUUCUGGUCCCGUCUUCAUUGGCAUGUUGAAUGCCAUGGCCCUAUUUCCCACGCAACGAGACGUGUUUUAUCGAGAAUCGCGCGACGGCUUGUAUGGCGCGUCGGCGUUCCUCCUGUCGUACACGCUGCACGCCUUGUGGACGGACGUGACUGCCAUUCUGCUGUUUUCGGGAUUCUCCUACUGGGCGGUCGGGCUCUACUCGAGCUUUGCUCGUUUCUGCAUUUUCACGACGGUCAUGUACUUCUUGCAGCUGUUUGGCGAGAGCCUUGGUCUUUUGACGCUUUCCUUCUUCUACGAGACAACCGUUGCCAACCAGGCCGCGUCGCUCAUCAUUUCAGCGUCCGCCUUGGUGGCCUCUGGCUUUUUGCGAUCCACCCAGUCCAUCCCCGUCUUUUUGCAGUACAUGGGCUACGCCACGCUCCACAAGUACGCCUCGGAGGUGAUGGUCGCCAACGAGUAUCAGGGUUUGCAGCUCGAGUGUCCCGCCAAUCUUCCGCCGAGUGCCUGCGAGUACCAAAAUGGCGAGCAGUACAUUGAUGAAAUGUUCCCUGGCGCGGUCGAGCAUUUGUGGCGCAAUAUUGGCAUCAUUGCAGGGUUUGCUACUGCAUUGCGAAUUCUUCCGUAUUUCUUCCUCAAGUUUGUGCAGCGUUCCCUGCGUUGAGCCAAUGUAGCUUGAUUGAUGUGUAUGAAAAUCUUAUUUGAAAAAAUUGAAACA